AUGACUUCUGGCGUGCGCCGUUGCUGCCACAAACUGUUGCAGCAUUUUGGCCGGAGGUUCAGCUCUCGCGACGUGGACGCUGGUACCGGCGCGGCCCUGCGAAGCCUGGGGGCUGCACGCCGCUGGGCUGAUGCGCUGGCGCUGCUUGCAAGCACUCUCCCCAAGUCUGGUGCCCCAGAUGCAGUGCUUUUUGGCCAUGCCAUGAGUGCAAUGUCAGGGGCCAAACAGUGGCAACGCACACUAGUACUUCUGGAAGAGAUGCGAAACAUGCAGAUCCACCUGAACGAGACCAUCUUCUCGAUUGCGCUUGUGGCAUGCGACCGUGGCAGCCGUUGGCGCCAGGCCCUGCAACUGCUGGAGGAGUUCGACAAAGGAGCGCGGCAUGCAGACAGCACGGCGUACUGCAGUUCCGCGAGUGCUUGUGCCAAAGCCUCUCAGUGGCCCCUUGCAGUGGCGCUGUUUGCCCAGGUGCAUGUCCUGCCAGAUUUGGCGAGCCACAAUGCUGCAAUGGCUGCUGCCGGAAGGGGGCAGCUGUGGCAAGGUGUGCUUCAGCUUCUGAAGGUAAUGCCGUCCAAAGUCCAACCGAACCUCAUCUCCUUCAACACCGCGAUGGCAGCAUGUGAGCGAGCAGGGCAGUGGAAUUACGUGGUGGCGCUCCUGGAAGAACUGGGCAGAAAGAAGCUGUCGCCUGACAUACGCUCUUGGACUUCCCUGGUUGCAAGCUUCUCUCGGGCGAGCCAUUGGAUGCAGGCUCAGAGGAUGUUGAGAGAUCUGCGCAUCCAAGAGCUGCAGCCAGAUUUGGUGAUGUACGGCGCUGCUGCCAGUGCUUUCCAACGCGGACAUCAGUGGAAACUUGCUUUGGCCCUCUUGCCUCAGUUGCAUGAGCUUCGAAUUGUUCUGGAUGAACGACUGUGUGGUUCAGUCAUUACGGCCUGUGCAAUUUCACAAGCCUGGCAGGCUGCAGUGUCCUGCCUCAUGGAGCUUCCAAGAAGGGAGCUGGAGCCCACCUCUACAAGCAGCUCGCCAGUCUUGACAGCGCUUCUGGACGUGAAGCAUUGGUUGAUGGCAUUGAAGCUCUUUGAGCAUUUGCAGCAUGCCGUUGCUAUGGACUCUCAAGCUUACGGUCGACUUCUCCUUGUGUGCGAGCAAAAUAAUUUCAGGGAAUGGCAGAACUGGCUGCUGCAGAGCAUGGCCUCGCCUCGUGGUCCCGCUCGACAUACACCUGGCAGAGAGAGUCUUGCAGCAGCUGUUGCUGCGCACUGCAAGGGUCUCAGCGUGGGUUCCUUUGGCAAGCAACUGGUGUUGACAGCCUCGAAGAGCGCUUCACGGACUUCAAAGCGGACUCUGUCGCGAAUUCCGUGGACUCAGUGGACUCCCUACGUCAAGGAGAUCCGGCUGAUGGAGCAUGUUUUUCUGAAUGCGGAGUGCGGCAACCCCGCCUCUGUAUGCCAGGAGGUGGAAUGCUUUGGUCGUGACAUCUUAGGUCGCUCGAAAACAUGGCUCAAAGUUGCCGGAGGGGAGAAGUCCGAGGUUCUUCUGGCAGCUGCUCAGCAUGCAGAGGGGCGCUUUGUGCUGGAAGUUGGCACAUACUGCGGUCACUCCUCAUUACGCCUGGCUGCAGCAAACCCCAAUACCCACGUUGUGACAUUGGAGGCGGACCCUGUCCACGAUCGCGGUCAUUGCCAGAUCGAUCAUUGCAUUUGCAGGGCUUUCGUCUCGGGUGGAUGUUUGGACAGGACACAGCUCCGAAUUGAUCCCAUGCCUACAAAGGUACGAAUGGUUCGGCGACGACAGCCCGGGCGGCUUCGGCCUGGUCUUCAUGGACCAGCGAGGCUCUCGCUACGAGGAAGACCUUGCCACUCUGGAGCGCCUUGCGUUGCUUCGGCCUGGGGCAAUCGUCGUUGCUGA